AUGGACGAAUUUCAAAUCCAAGUUUUGAAAGAGAUGGAAACGAGUCUCAAAAGAAUUGCCCCUUUCAUUAAAACGAGCAAGUCACCACAAUAUUACCCGAUUGCAAUUCAAUUUCAGAACACCCUUAAAUGUUUUGAUAUCAUACCAAUCUCCUUAGGGAUGUUACAAAAACUGUUUUCACACUACCUCCAUUUUCUUCGAGUCCCCGAGGUGAACGCAUUAAUGGUACCAUCGACGAUCCGGUGUGUUAUUUUGUUAGGAUCGGAUCCAAGAAACACACCAUUUCUAGUCGACACACUUCGAUUCAUAAUAACAUGCUCUUUUGACCAAAAGCUCCGAGUCAUCGAAACUUUUUUAAGAAACAUCUCUUCGGUCCAAAUCAGUUCACUCAUUCCUUUACUUCUUCCAAUGGUCUAUGCGCCUUCUUCACAAGAUACAAUACCAGACCAGUCUCUUGCAGCUUUCAAAGAGCUCCUCUUUUGCUUUUCAAACGAUGUGUCCGAGCGAGAUAAAUAA